AUGGCGUUGAAAAUCUCGCGCAUCCAGCGACUGAGUGCCGUCAUCGGCAUCUCGUUCUGUUUCUUCCUUGCUGAAAUUUCAGUUGGUUUUUACACGCAUUCACUAGCCUUGGUAGCAGAUGCUUUCCAUUAUCUGAAUGAUCUAGUUGGCUUCAUCAUCGCCCUUGUUGCUGCCAUCGUUGCCGAGAGAACAGAUCCUCCGAAGGCACUUACGUUUGGCUGGCAAAGAAUCCAGCUGCUGGGUGCCUUUUUCAAUGGAGUCCUACUGUUUGGUCUGGGCAUCAGUGUCUUCUUGCAAUCCAUCGAGCGGUUUAUUUCCCUGCAACACGUCGAGAAUCCCAAGCUCGUCUUGGUUAUGGGAUGUGUGGGCUUUGGCCUGAAUCUUAUUAGCGUGCUCUUCCUGCACGACCACGGACACGAUCAUGGCGGUGGUCAUAGCCACGGCCACAACCACGGGCAUGAGCACAGUCACAGCCAUGCCCAUGGCACAGACAGUGGCGAGGGCUCCGCACCUGAAGCCUCUACAGACACAGAUCCAGACGCAGUCAGGCUAAUGGACGGAAAGCACAUCCAUCACAAACACCUCGUCAACGCUCAGAACGUCUCCCACAAACCGCACCGGGACCUCGCCAUGAUGGGCGUCCUCAUCCACGUCAUCGGCGACUGCGCGAACAACCUCGGCGUCAUCAUCGCCGCAGCAGUAAUCUGGUUCGCCAACUACGGCGGUAGAUUCUACGCCGAUCCAGCCGUGAGCAUGGGCAUCGCCAUCAUGAUCUUUGCCUCCUCCAUCCCGCUCAUCAAACACUCCGGCCUCAUCCUCCUCCAAAGUGCCCCGCAAGGCGUCGACCACGACGACGUCAAACACGACCUAGAACAAGUCCUCGGCGUCCUAGCCGUGCACGAGCUGCACAUCUGGCGACUGAACCAGACCAAAUCGCUUGCCUCUGCGCACGUCGUUCUCGACGGCGACAUCGUCGCCGAUUUCGACAGUCUGGCCAAGACGAUUCGGGAGUGCUUCCAUGCCUAUGGUAUUCAUUCUGUGACGCUGCAGCCGGAAAUUCAUACUAGUCGGCAAGUAUCGACGGGCCAAUCAACGCAUAGCUCUGCGGUGGAUACGGGUGUCGGGGAGGGAGAACGUGCUGCUAAGAGGCGGUUUGUGUCUGGAUUUGACCUGUUGUCGUUGAGGGGGGAGAUACCCGUGCUCGUGUUUGGAGAAAAGUACAUAGAGUGUAUGUUGUCGGAGGCAGGGUGUGCCAAGUGUAUGAAUACGAAGAGAGUGAUUGACUACGAUUGA